AUGGUUUCUCAAGACCAAAGUAAGGACUCUGGCUCCAAAAAAAAUGGAGGUAAGGAGCUUGGAAUGGUAACUCCUCAAGACAAGCCCUUGAAGAAGAUGAAGUUUGUUUCAUCUGCUGAGACAGAACCAACCAGCACGACAACAAUUUCUGAGGAUUCAAAGUCAGGUCGAGGGGGAAAGGAUGUGGCCCUGCACAUACUGAGAUGCAGUCCUACAUUGGUGUUGGCACGCUCCAGAGUCCCACUUGUGGACAAGAAAUGGGCUGAAAUCCCCAAGGAUAUAAAGGAGCAGAUUUGGGAAGCCGUUGACAUGGCUUUUGUGGUAGGUCAAGGGGGCAAGACCUCGGUGUUAUCUUCUGCUGCCAAGAAAUGGAAGGAUUUCAAGUCUACACUGACGAGGCAUUAUAUCCUUCCAUACAUCAAGGAGAGGGAGAAAUUAAGCCAACCCCCUGAAAUAUAUAAAUUCAUAGAGAAAGCAGAAUGGGAUGCCUUUGUAGCUUCAAGGUUAUCCAAAGAAUUUGAGUCUGUGCAUUCUCAACAUUCACAGAUUAGGGAGAAACUUGAGUACAAUCAUCGAUUGUCUCGAAAAGGAUAUGCUGGUUUGGAGGAUCAAUUGGAGGAAACCAUGCCUGGGGUAGAAAUUGAUCGAUCUACCUUAUGGAAGAAAGCUAGACAGGACAAACAUGGUAACAUCCCGGAUCCAAAGGUGGCAGAGAAAGCAAAAUUAAUUGAUGAAUUGCAAAAACAGUGGCUGAAAGGCAGUCUCAGUGUAUCUGGCAGCAAUGAUGUGUUGACCAUGGCUUUGGGUCCUGAGCAUCCAGGGAGAGUGAGAGGGGAAAGUGUCAGAAUUGUCCUUCAAGAAGAGACUAAGAAGAUGGAAGCUAGGUCAAGGGAAGAGACUUUAAGGAUGGAGGCUAGAACCAAGCAAUUGGUAGAGGCUGAGAGGGAAAAUUUACUGAGUCAGCUUUCCCAACUCAUCCCCAAUUUUGAUCCAAGCAUGCUUAAACCGAAAACUAGCCCCUGUCAAAACCAAAGUCCCAAAAAUCCAAUGUCUGACAAAGCAAGCUGCUCUGGGGCUGAUGUGAGAUCCCUACAUUUUGAGGAUGAUACUGCCAAAAAUGGGGAACAGCAGGAAGAAACGAAAAUCAAGAUGAAGAGAAGAAAGAAGAAAAAAAAGAUGAAGAGAAGAAGGAAGAAAAAAAAGAUGAAGAAAGAAGAAAAAAAAGAUGAAGAGAAAAAGGAAGAAAAAAAUGAUGAAGAGAAGAAAGAAGAAAAACAAGAUGAAGAAAAGCAUGACGAAGAGGGUACUGAAGUAGUUGAUUAUUCAAAUGUGGAGGUGCCAUCUUCCUUACAAUCCCUUUGUCGUUAUGUGGAAACGACACUAAAGCCUCAGGAGAAGAUCAUGACCUUCACAAUUGAGAAGGAGGUGUUUGGUGCAGAUCGCAGUACCUUCGUCUUGCAUGAAGAUAUUACACAGUUAGCAGGCAUGGAAGAAAUUGGGGCUACUGUGGUUGCAGUAUAUAUGAGGUGCUUAUAUGAUCGUUUGAGAGAAGCAAAUAUGUGCAGCAUGGUUGGCUUUAUCGACCCUGCUCAAGUUAGUGCCAACGCUGGGUCACUAACUGACAGAUCACGAAUUGUAGCCAGUCGACUUCAGAAGACAGAUGGUGAACAGAUUUUCAUGAUGCCUUACAAUCCAGGCCGUCAUUGGGUCUUGCUGAUUGUGAGAGCAAAGAGGGAAGCAACUACUAAUGCUAGUAGAAAUGUUGAAGAAGAUGAUGACCGUAGUAGGUACAGUUUUGUGUCUGAACAAAUAGAGAUGGAUGAUAAUGAUUUUGGUGAUUUUGGAUCUGAUCCUUAUGAGUUUGCCAAUGUGAUUGGGGAUGGAGAUCAACCAUUGUACCCUGGUUGUAGAAAGUACACGAAGUUAUCGGCAUUAGUGAAGUUGUAUAAUUUGAAGGCAAAACAUGGGAUGUGUGAUGUCUGUUUUACAGAAUUAUUGAUACUUCAAGGCGAUUUGCUUCCAGAAGGAAAUACAAUACCGGCCUCUAUGUAUGAGGCAAAAAAGACUUUGUGUGCAUUGGGGCUGAGUUAUGAGAAAAUGCACGCAUGCCCCAAUGAUUGCAUCUUGUAUAGGAAGGAGUAUGAGGAUUCAACUAAUUGUCCUACUUGUGGUAUCUCAAGGUGGAAGGAAGGCAAAGAUUCAAUCUUGAAAGAGGGUGUGCCAGCGAAGGUGGUGUGGUAUUUUCCUCCAAUUCCAAGGUUUAAAAGGAUGUUUCGAUCACAUGAGACAGCUAAGAGUUUGACUUGGCAUGCUGCUAGAAAAUCAAUUGACGGUCAGAUGUCUCAUCCGGCGGAUUCCCCGUCUUGGAAACUUCUUGAUGAUAAAUGGCCCGAGUUUGGUAAUGAGCCGAGAAACUUGAGAUUGGCUCUUUCAUCUGAUGGAUUCAAUCCCCACAGUUCUCUAAGUAGCAGAUAUAGUUGCUGGCCAGUUAUCUUAGUUACAUAUAAUCUCCCUCCAUGGCUGUGCAUGAAACGAAAGUUCAUGAUGUUGACCUUAUUGAUUUCCGGUCCUAAACAGCCCGGAAAUGAUAUAGACGUCUACUUGGAGCCUUUGAUUGAUGAUUUAAAAUCUUUGUGGGAUGGGAUUGGAGGAGUGUAUGAUGCACAUAAUGGAGAAUACUUUACACUCAGAGCUGCAUUAAUGUGGACAAUUAAUGAUUUCCCCACCUAUGGAAACUUAUCUGGUUGUGUUGUUAAAGGAUAUAAAGCUUGUCCAAUAUGCGGCGAUGAUACACCUAGUCACAGAGUUUGUUGGAAGAAGAAAUCAAUAUUCUUUGAUCUCGAGUAUUGGAAAUACCUUCCUGUGAGGCAUGUCCUAGAUGUUAUGCACAUUGAGAAGAAUGUUUGCGAUAGUAUCAUUGGUACAUUGCUGGAGAUCCCUGGAAAAAAUAAAGAUGGGAUUGCUGCUCGAUUAGAUUUAUUGAACAUGGGGGUCAAAACUGAUUUGCAACCCGAGUAUGGAGAAAGACGUACUCGUUUGCCUCCCGGGCCUUGGAAUUUGUCAAGAGCAGAGAAGAGAGAGGUUUGCACUUCUUUCUAUGGUAUGAAGGUCCCUGAAGGUUAUUCUUUAAAUAUAAAAAAUCUUGUAUCUAUACAAGAUUCAAGACUUCUUGGCCUUAAAUCACAUGAUUGUCAUACCUUAAUGCAACAAUUGCUCCCUGUGGCAAUUCGUUCUGUUUUGGAGAAGCCUGCAAGGUAUGCAAUAACUCGUUUGUGCUUCUUCUUCAAUGCUAUAUGUGCAAAGACUGUUGAUGUUUCCAAGCUAGAUAAGUUGGAAGAAGAUGUAGUAGUUACUUUGUGUUUGCUUGAGAAGUACUUUCCCCCUUCAUUCUUUGAUAUCAUGGUUCAUCUAGUAGUACAUCUUGUCAGAGAAGUUCGUCUAUGUGGGCCAGUAUAUUUUAGAUGGAUGUAUCCGUUUGAAAGAUAUAUGAAAGUGCUAAAGGGGUAUGUUCAGAAUCGUACUCGUCCCGAAGGUUGCAUUGCUGAGCGGUAUAUAGCUGAAGAAGCUGUAGAGUUUUGUACCGAGCAUUUAUAUGAUGUUAGUACAGUUGGAGUGCCUUCAAGCCAAAAGAUGGGAGUUUCAAAGCCAUUAUCAGGUUGCACAGUGAGCGUAGUUGAUCGGGACCUGUUGAACCAAGCACAUCUAUAUGUCUUGGAGAAUACGGAGGAAGUCCUACCUUAUAUCGAGCAACAUAUGAUCCACAUCAAGACCGCUUAUCCAAAAUUUAGAAAGAGAACAAAGUGGCUGCAGGAUAAGCACAAUAGCACUUUCAUUCAAUGGCUACGCUUCAAGGUUCAAAGUGAACUUAAUGAGGAAGACAAUCAUGGCGUAUCAGAAAAUUUAAGGUGGCUAGCAGCUGGUCCAAACAUGGCAGUGCCAUUAUAUAGGAGCUAUCUUAUUAAAGUGGACGAACUUGGAUUUACCCUUGUAGAUUUGAGUAAAAUUGGACAUAGGAAUGACCAAUUUGUUUUGGCUUCUCAAGUCAAACAAGUAUUUUUUGUUGACGACCCGAUGCAUCGUGGUUGGUCGGUAGUGUUAUCAAUGCCUAAUAGAGAAUAUAAUGAUGUUAUUGGUGAUGAUGUCUUAGGUGAUGUGAGAAUUGAGUGUGAGCCAUUUACUAGAGGGAUGCCAAAUGUUGACACAUUUGAUGAAGUGGUGGGUGAGUUAGGGAGUCAAAAUAUUCGAGAUGGGUGUGAAGAUAUAUGGAUUGAAUGA